GCUCUAGAAGACAAUUAUGUUAGUAAUUAAUGUAUCGGAUGUCCUCUACGUCUAACUAAAAACACGUGACGAAAAUUGUAGCGAUCAGGAUAAUCCUUCAAUUCGUUCAUUUAGCGUAUUAGUUCAUUAAUUUAAAAUUACAAUGAUCUCACCGCGAACAGUUUUUAGCGCAUUCGAGCACUAUGCUUCAAAGCUAUCGUGUGUCCUUAUGUACUAAAGAACUAUGAAGUGUAGUUAUAUAUUACUUGUUUUGCUUCACGGGUUCUUCUUAGCUGCAUGUGACGUUCCAGAAUCAAAUAUAUAUCUAGAAGCCCUACGUCAGAGACCUUGGAAAUCAGUUCAUAAAUAUAUCGAAGUUCGACCUGGGGCAUUUCUAUUUUACUGGCUGUACUAUGCUGAUGCAACGAGGGCAGGUGCUGAUCAAAAACCCUUGAUAAUAUGGAUUCAAGGUGGUCCGGGGAAUGCUGCGAGUGGAAUUGGAAAUUUUUGCGAGCUUGGUCCCUUUAAAACAGAUAUGUCACCACGAAAUUACACAUGGGUGAAUGGCAGAAACAUUUUAUUAAUUGACCAUCCAGUCGGUGCGGGAUUUAGUUACGCCGUCAACACAUCUUUAUAUGUGACAAGCGAUAGAGAAGCAGCAAAAGAUUUGAUGCGGUUUACGAAGGCUUUUUUCAAAAUUCAUAAGGAAUUUCGUAAAACACCGACUUAUGUUGUCGGUCAAAGUUAUGGCGGUAAAUUGACUGCAAGGUUGGGAUAUUUUCUUCAUACGGCUAUAGAAAGAAAACGCUUGAAGAUGAACUUCAAGGGAAUUGGGAUUGGCGGAGGUUGGAUAGACACUAGUGAGAGUUCUAAGCAGCAACCACGCUUUUUGUUUGAUAUGGGUUUAAUAGACAUCAAAGCCUUUAGGACAGCUACAAAAAUAGCUGAAAAUAUCAGCAGUCUUAUUAAAACAAGGAAUUAUUACAAGGCGGGACAACUCGACUACGUUAUGUUUGGUACAAUAAUGGACGACGCGUCCUACGAAUAUGAUAUGAUAAAUUUGGAAAACAUCAAUCAUUAUAGCUACAGUUUACUUUUAAAAAAACUAGAUGAGAAUAUGAAUACGUUUGUAAAACCGACUCUUAACGUUAAUCAAAGUAUCAAUUGGAAACAUCUGACAUACGAUGUCUAUUUUAGUUUGCAAAAUAGCUUUGUUGAGCCUGGUACUAGAUUUUUAGAAAUUCUACUUAAUCGAACAAACUUGAAAGUCGCUGUGUAUAAUGGGAAUUUGGAUGCAGUGACGCCAUUGUGUGGGGCUACAAGUUGGGUACAUAAUUUGAAAUGGCACGGCGCAAAACAGUUUUUCGAUGCAAAAAGAGUUCCAAUACGAGGCGAAAGAAACGGCUUCUACAAAACAUACGGAAAAUUGAGUUUUUGGGCCGUAUUCGGUUCCGGACAUUGGGUCCCUGAAGACAAUCCAACCGCUAUGGAGCAGAUAUUACAGUUUUUAACUCAGAAUGAUUCUUAACGUGUUUAUUAUAGGUGUAAGAAAGAAAAGGAAUAAAUAAAAUAGUAUAUUGAAUUUAAAAUAAUACAAUAUUUACAUAAACAGCCAAUAACAAUAUUUAUAUAGCACAUAGACAAAUUAAAAAAGCUAGUUCGAGACCACAAUUCGAUUUCAAUAUUAUAUUAUAAUUUCUCUCUAUUAGGCUUUUAUUAAAAAGAACAAAUUUCAUUAUUAUAAUAUAGUAAUAAUAAAAAAAAAAGUAUAAUUAAUGUCUAAAGAAAAUACACUUUAACGUUUUACCGAAGAUACGCUUUAAUUACGAAUAAUCCAGCGUGUAUAUUAGUGCGCUACAAUCUAAAUAGAUCUUGGCUUGAGAUUGCAAUGUUUUCUUCUAUUAUUUUUAAGCCCAGCCUUCCGUCUGAUACAUAUAGAUUGUGAUCGAGACAUACUAGUGCACUCACCCAGUGUUAAUAACGCACAUCGAACGCACGUCUUGGAAGGCACAAUAAGCCACUAGACAAACACUAUUCUUACGAUACGCAUUUAAUCGUCACAACUUAAAUAUAAUUGUUCCGAGGUAUUGCAAUGAAAUGUUAAUAGCUGAUUUAUAUUAUCCAUACAAAUUUGAAGAACAGGUUCGAAUAAAUGUUUGUGUUUAUCCAACGAGGCAAUACCGGGUAUACGCGAGUGGUACCAUAUGUCAUAGCUAGAAAAGUAUAUUUUAAUUAAAAAACUGUAAUAAUUAUAAAUAUGAAAUAAAGUGUAUUUUCUUUUUAAUGUAACUUUAAAAAAAAACAACACUUUUUAAAUAAACAUUGCCACAAAACACAUUUGUUAUAACUGUACCAGAAACAUCCAAAAGUCCGUUUAUUUACAACAAAGGCUUUUUGAUGAUAUUAUUUUGAGAUAAUAGUUUAAACAUUAGUUUAGAUACUUUCUGUGUCCAAUGUUUUAAGGAUUUUAUUAUUUAUCAAAUUGACACGGUUAUACAUUACCGGUAUAUUGGGGAUGGAUAUUAUAUAAAUAGUAAAUUAUAAUCUAAUUAUUAUAUAUAAAUAUGUGGUGCUACCUUUU